CGCUACCUGUGCCUGUGCUUUCCUUCUUUCUUUCGCAAGUUCUCGCUCCCUUUCCAAAACACGAAGUUCACCGCGUUGACGGAAAAUGUGCAGGGUGAGACGUAGAACGAAUGGCAUGCCGUACGCUGUAGCUGUAGCGGUGUGUGGGUUCUCGUGGUAGCGUCGUCUGCUCACUGGGAAAGGGUGGAGGCAUUGCCAGCGUGGCAGACGUAUGCUUCCCACCAAAAGGGAGAUCUCAGACGGCGACGCUGCGACGAGGUCGCCGUGGACGUCGCGGGCAUGCCGGGGCCCUGGUCACCUCUCCGGGUGGCACUUGUACUGCUUGCAGCUGCAGCCAUCAUUGGAGGGGCCUUGCUGCAUGCCAAGCUGGUCAACAUUAUAGAAACGAGGCUGCGAGAACAUUGCAUUGACAGAUCGCAUCGACGUUCCAGGAACAACAUUCACGGGUACCCAGCAGCAGACGUGCAGCCGGACAACGUUACUGGCGCCACCUGUACCCCACAGCUGAGUGUAUGUUUCCUGAAGACGCACAAGUGCGCCAGCUCCUCCAUACAGAACAUAAUGCUACGCUUUGGAGAUGGCCACGACCUGUCCUUCGUGCUGCCUCCAGCUAGCAACUACUUGGGUCACCCAGCGCCCUUUCACCGUUCCAUGGCUCCCACCUUGGCUAACACAUCCGGCUACUUCGACCUGCUCGUGCAUCACGCUCGCUUCAACGAGGCGGAGAUGAGGCACGUUCUCGCUCCCGGGGCAAAGUUCGUGACCAUAGUUAGAGAGCCGGCUGAACUCUUUGAGUCGCUCUACUCCUACUACGAUUUGGUGAAGCAGUUUCGGGUGCCUCACACACGUGCAGACAGACACACCGUUCUCCGGGCUUGGGCUCGUCAACGCCUGGCAGGCAAACAGCUUGGCGCGGUUGCAGAUUCGCCUCCUUCAGCCGAUACCAGGGGAUGGUAUCGAACAAAGGUGUCUCUCGAACGUUUGACCAGCAGCAACGUUUCCAUGGCCUGGGUUCGUCAACGCCUGGCCCGCAAACCGCGUGACAAGCUCGGCCUCAACCAGAUGUCCUUCGACCUGGGACUCCAUCCUUCCCAGUUUAACGACCUCAAUGCCGUCCAGAACUUCAUUCGUCGCAUCGACUCUGCCUUCGACCUCGUCCUCGUCGCGGAGCGCAUCCGCGAAAGUCUCGUCCUCCUCAAAGAUCUUUUGUGCUGGACGACAGACGACGUCGUGACCUUCAGGCACAAUUCACGUGCAGCGCCUUUUCGUAACCUGCUCACCGCGCAUGGGAGGGCGCGCCUGCGCGAGCUGAACGCGGCGGACACCUUCUUGUACGACCACUUCGCCAAGCGACUCGACGAGCGCAUCCGCCAGUUCGGCCUGGAACGAAUGCAACGAGAGGUGAAACGUCUCGACGAGAGGACAAAGUUUUGGUACUCGAGAUGCGUGAGCGGCGUGCAGCCGGUCCGUCAUCUGAUCAAACAGAUUAAAGGUGUCUCGAAGCAGAACCGGAGGUACUGGACGAACGCGAAGGUCGUGGGUUUCCAGGCGAGGGACUCGAGAUCGACGGAGUGUCACAGGUAUCUGACGCUGGAGUUGGUGUUCACGGAUGAAAUCCGAAAAAGGCAGGAACAAGUGCUGCAGACAAAGAGGCCAGCGGUGGGAAGCAGGAAGAAUUCCAACGGAAGAUGAUGGUGUGUCUGUCCCUCUCUUGUGCAGGGGGGAAUUGUGUGUCUUCCAUUUCGACGAGACGCUCCGCCGCGGAGGCUGGUUGCUGGCUGGUUGCCACGCGGUGCUGUAGGUCCAGUGCGGAACGUGUACAAGGGCAUGUGUAUGUAGAUUCCUUGUUUAGACCUUAUUCUGCUUAGUUUGCCUCGGCAGACAUUUUCUCUCGUGAGAAUCUCUCUCCCUUUUUUUUUUUUUUUUUUUGCGGUUUCUCUACUUUUGUAGGUUCACGUACAACAUCUCUAUACAGGUUUAGAUAGAGUUUACUUCAUUUUACAAAUUAGAAGGCCUCUGCUGUGAUAGCUGAACACGUUUUUCUCGACACUCUGAGCAGUAGGCCCUCUGCAACAAAUCUACUUGUGUAUGUCCUGUGAAAGUAACUUACUGCCUCACCAGGUAAAAAGAAACACAGCCUCUCCUUACAGACUUCAUUUACAUAGACAUUUACAUUAUACAUAACUUUUUUGAUAGCGUUCACAAACUUGCAAGUUAAACAAACUUAAAAGUUGUCUCUUUUAUGCUGUUAAGAGGUGGCGUGGAAAAUGAAUGUGCAAACAGUUUCCAAAACUGUUUUGCACUGCAGCAAAAUUUACUCGAACUUGCGUGUUAGAAUUAGAACUGUGCAAAUAUUGAUAAUUUGAGCUUAAAUUAUGUUUAAUAUCCGGCCAGAAUUAUAAACCUCAGUGUAACGCAGCCGGAAAUUCCUCCUGAGCCACAUCACACUUAUCUGAUACCACAGUGAUUUGCGUGAUAUUACAUUCUAGCGUACUCUCUCGUAUAAAAGUUGAGAUAAGCGGGAACAUGUAGAUCCGGAACAAACUAAUAAAAUAUGACUCGCACGCUAAUUUCUCGCAUCAGUAACAAGGCAAUCAUACGUUUCAUUGCACUUCCAAAGAAAGCAGGUUGGCGUAUACUAAAAUACGACAGGCAGAACGGGGUGACAGUGAGCAAGUGCCAUAUAGGAAGAUGAUGAGGAAAAAGUUAUUUGAAGCUUCGAAGAAGCUUGCGUUAGAGCAUGUUGAGGGAAACAUGGAAGUGUGAACGAGAGGUAAGAAUCCACUGUAGGCAUCUCUGGCCCUUGUUGAAAAUUAUAAAAUUUUACUGAAAUAUUUGCACAGUCCUACAUGCUGCAUUAAUGCCAUUAUUCCCAGCGUCAAUGCCUCGAAUAGACUUGGGGGGGAAGCUCGUUAAUUUGAAUUGAUGCCUUCCAUUACAUUAAUUUUGGUUUGCUUGUUAGGUCUGGUUUCUUGCAGUUUUAUAUUUGUGUGGUGCAGACAUGGCCAGUGAUCAUGGGAAGUGCUGUAGGUGUCAAGUUGGGCGGAUUACACGAAGUACUUUUCUAAAACUUUUUUUUUUUUCUGUGUGUCCCUGUUGGGAUUGUAAUCAUGAUGGUGAUGAUUUCGUACAUUUGUUAGUGUGUCUCAUAAUAUUAUCAACAUAAAGAGUACAGACGACAAACAGCAAUAUUUUUUACAAUGCCACCUCCACAUUGUGACUGUCUAGAUGAGUGUUUUUUGUCACAUGUUUGUACUUUCAGAUGGUAGUUUUUGGUUUUUGAAUACUCUUUGAAUUAUAUUUUAUGCAAGUUUGCUCACACGUGGUUUUGUAAUAUUAAUAGGUUUAGGCAGGGGGAACAGAUGAUAUGAAAGUGUUGAGAAUCGAUGUUGAGUGUUCGAAUUAUUGUCACAAAUUUCUCAGAAAUAUGAACUGGUGAUAUCCUAAGAAAGUUGAAAGUGCUGUUGCCUUUGUGUAGCUCGCUUUUAGCAUAUUUUACAGUGCACCUGUCCUGGUGGAAAAUUAGCACGUCACCUAUUGUGUGUCGUGCUCGCAAGGCCUCUGUAGCAAUGCCAACUGUUUGAGAAGCUAGUCAUUUUGUUUAGGAAAUUUCUGAGUUUGAGUCAUAUGAUUCACUGAUGACACAUUAAGGAUCUGACAAGAAAAAUCACUGUGGCGGACGGACAAAGUUUGAUGCACAUUCCAGGUGUUUUUCUCAAGAAUUUUGGGACAGGGAUGUACGAUACGUGUAGGCUCACAGUGUUAACAGCGGAAGUUUGUUCAGUGACACCGAUGCUUCAAUGAAAUGAUGCCGGCAGAAAGCCUGAGAUUACAAUUCUCUAUAUAAGAGCUGCCAGAUAUUUCGUGAAAUUAAAUUGAGAAGAAUCACCAGAUCAGUUACUGUGACCUGGCACCUUUUGAAACUAAAAGUAACUAUAAAAAGAAGCUUCCUCUAAAAAGGCUUAAAAAUUGGGCUGUUCGGUUUUCUGAAAUCAUGAUUGAAAGCGUUAAAACCCCAGUGGCCGGGGAGCUAAAAAGACAGACACGAACACGUGCACAUUGCAUGUGUUUUUGUCUGUCUUUCUAGCUCCCCGGCACUGGGGUUUUAACGCUUUUAACCUUCCUCUAACUUUUAAUUGAGAAAAACAGGAUUUGAAUAUGCUUUGGGAGCCAGGGCCUCCAUGUAACCAGGUUGUAUUGUCCGACUGUGUGUUGCCCUUUUCUUUUGUAGCAGUGCAUCAACAUAUGCCAGAUAAAUAACCAGCUAAGUAUAUCGCCCUGUGAAACACAAGCUAGAGCUAAAAGAGAAGAGAAGAGAAGCAGUCGUUUCCAACACCAGUUUCGGCAUUUUUAACGUUUCUUCUGGUCGGCGUCAACUACAUGUAAAGAGCGACUCCCAUUGAAACUAUUUUUGCAAGGUUGCUUCACUUUUCAGCCUAAAUUCGAGCGCAAUAUUCUAAGGAAAACCUAGCAUACGUUGAGCCAGAUAAAUUUAAGGUUCUCGUUGGUGUCAUUUGAUCGAAGCAUCGUAUCUCGAAACGUGCCUGAUGCAUCACUAGACUCAAUACUCGUUGACUCUUGGCGACUAUUAAACGACUAUUUUUUUUUCACUUCGAUCUGCACACCAUCCGAGGAACCACGUACAUCAGCGAGUCCACAGGCUGCUUGUACUGUUUCUUUCUCUCUGUUUGUGAGGCUUCUGUAGUGUUUCUCACUUGCGAGAGCAGCUGCAUGCAGCUUGUUGCCUUCUUGGCAUGCUGUAGUUGCCAACACUGUUGCUCAGAUUUUGUACGAUGUCAACCCGAUGCUGAACUGUGCGGCGCUCACAGUUGCACUUCUCUGUAGUCAGCAGAGUAGCAUGUAGAGAGAGAGAGUGUGCCGUUUUUAAAAGACAUUAGUGGAGGACUAGUUCCGUAGGGUACUCGUAGAAAGCAAAAAAGCUUUGGAAGUCGUAUGUUGUGGACGUAGAAUCUUCGUAGCACAGAGUAGUCGUAGAAUCAUUCUAGAAUGCCGUAGAGUGUGCUAGGUAUCCUUCGUAGCCGAAGUUGCGAAAGGAAGUUGGCAUAGGAACUGUGUUGGGUUAAACGGAGCAUUGGUUACUGCUUCCUCAACAGCGUUCUGCUGGAGGAUCCAGAGUGAUCCCGUCUAGUGUAACAAUAACGAGUUUGCUACUUGCUGUUACCUAAUAGCCAAUCUUUGUGUUACCUCGUUUAACUUGUGCAGAAUCUUUUAGCACAUUUCAGUGUAUACGUGCCACAACAAUUCACUGUACGGUCAUAGUUCUGUUCACGUCCUCUUGCACCUGUUUAUUUUAUUUUAUUUUUUCGGACUACUUACUGAGUAUUGCUUUGCAUUGCAUUGUGUCUACUUACAUUUACAGCCGUCUGUUAUUGAAUUGAGGUAUUGCGUGAUCUAGGAUUGCUCACUCUCUAUACAGUUGUCUGUUCCAGUAUCCACAGGAAGGGGGCUGCGAAAACGGAUAGCUAUUUUUAUACAGUGUGUUGCUUCUCUCAAGUACAUGAAGGAACAAAUAAAGCUAUAGUUAUACGCUUC